AUGGAGCAGGAUCAGGACAAGCUGCCCGCGGGAGCGCCUGCGCAGCCGGCCACCUUGGGAGACCAGCCACCUCCAGUUCAGCAGCCCGUGGAGCCAGCACAACCACAGCCCUUCAGCCAGCCUGCCAACGCCGUCGCGCCAGAAGCCUCCGUGGACGCGUCAGCAACAGGAAAUCCCGAAGUCACACUGCCCAUCCAGACAGCAAUGGCCACAAACGGGAUGCUGCCUUUCGUACCGCAGGACAUGGGCUUCUCCGUGGGCGGCGCGCCUGCGUUUCCUGGCGGCGCCGUGUUCCCGCCUACCAAUAUGAUGCUGCCCAGUGACCCAAUGGCACUGGCACUGAACGGCUCCAACGCACCAGUAUCCAUGGCCGACCAGAGCCUCAACCAGAAUGGCACCACCAUGAGUGCAGAUGAGAUUGCCUUGUAUGAUCGCCAAAUCCGACUCUGGGGCAUGCAAGCACAAAAGAAGAUCCAGGCCGCCAAUAUCCUGGUCAUUACCGUGAAGGCGCUUGCCAACGAAAUUGCAAAGAACCUUGUCCUCGCCGGCAUCGCGUCUCUGACUCUACUGGAUGAUCAGCUUGUCACUGAGGCUGACCUCGGCGCCCAGUUUCUCCUGACAGCCGAAGACAUUGGCCAGAACAGAGCUGUCGCUGCCAGUGCUCAGCUACAGAAGCUCAACCCGCGUGUCAAGGUCUACUCGGAUCCCGCUGGUAUCAUGACCAAAGGCGCCUCGUACUUUUCAGAGUUUGACGUUGUCGUGGCGACGGAUCUGAGCCCCACGACACUCGCCUUCAUCAACACGGCGACCCGCCUGUACAAUCGCCGAUUCUAUGCUGCUGGUUCUCACGGGCUGUACGGCUACGCCUUUUGCGACCUGAUCGAGCAUGAUUAUGUCCUGAAGAGGGACAAGGGGAAUGUUGCCACAGCAGUUGGCCCAGAAACACGGUCACGGAGUGUGACAGACGUCAAGACCCAGAAAGAAGGCGACAAGACUAUUGAGAUGGUGGCGAAAAGAGAGCUGUACUCGACCUGGGAUCUGGCGUCCGAGACCAGUGUCCUGCCUGUCGAGUACACCUCGUCCAAGCGGCGACUGAAAGCAGUUACACCUGUCAUAUCUUGCUUGCGUGCUCUCUGGGCGUUCCAGACUGUGAACGGGCGCAACCCAAGUGCUGCCAGACAGGAUCUCGAGUUCUUUACCAAGACCGCCACGCAAUGCCACUCGCUAUUGUCGCUCCCGACCGAGACGCUUCGGUCAGAGAUUUUGCGCAGCUUCCUGCAGAAUAUUGGCAGCGAGAUUGCACCCGUCUCGGCCAUUCUCGGCGGACAAGUCGCCCAGGACAUCAUCAACGUGCUUGGCCAGAGCCAGCAGCCGAUCCAGAACAUGGUCAUAUUCGACGGGAACAAGAUGGAGGCCAAUAUGUACUCGCUGCACCCCGAGGGUCCGCUUGGCCGAGCACAACUCGAGCUGGCCGUCAACCCGAUGAUGAUGCCGACAGUCGAUCCGCAAUUCGUGCCCAUGGACCAACAAAGUGUCAUGGCCCAGGCUGGUCUGUCAGACCCGAGCAGCAGCUCAAUGGCACAACCUGGCAUGCUCAAUGUCGGCAACCCCCCAACGCAAGCGGGGCCCUCUGAUGGCCAGGCAGAGACAUAG